AUGUCCAUCCAUACCUCAAAAAAAGAAAAACUAUUUCUUUUUACCUCAGAAUCUGUUGCUGAAGGACAUUCUGAUAAGAUGUGUGAUCAGAUAAGUGAUGCUGUUCUAGAUGCUCAUCUUAGUGUUGAUCCAGAUGCAAAGGUUGCCUGUGAGUGUGUGGCAAAAACUGGAAUGAUUUUGCUUUGUGGAGAGAUCACAUCCCAGGCUGUAGUAGAUUACCAACAAAUUGUAAGAAAUACUCUUAAAAAGAUAGGGUAUGAUGACUCUUCGAAAGGACUGGAUUAUAAAACGUGCACAGUUUUAGUGGCCUUAGAACAACAGUGUAAAGAGAUCAAGCAUGCUGUCCUUCAUGGCAAGACUGACGAUGACAUUGGAGCAGGGGAUCAGGGUCUGAUGUUUGGUUACGCCACCAAUGAAACUGAGGAGUGUAUGCCCUUAACAAUCCUCCUGGCACACCAACUUAAUGCAAAGAUAAAGACUCUGGAACGGAAUGGAACAUGGCCCUGGGUUAGACCAGAUGGGAAAACUCAGGUCACAAUGGAAUACAAGGAGAAUAAUGGUGCAAUGGAGCCCAUCCGAGUGCACACACUUGUGAUUUCAGUAAAUCAUGCCCCAGAUAUACCAGUACAACAAAUACGAAAGGAGUUAAUGGAGAAAGUUGUUAAAGAGGUCAUUCCAGAGAAGUAUCUUGAUGAACGCACAAUUUAUCAUCUCCUUCCAAGUGAAAAAUUUGUAGAAGGUGGUCCUAAGAGUGAUGCUGGACUGACUGGCAGGAAGAUCAUUGUUGAUACCUAUGGAGGCUGGGGAGCCCACGGUGGAGGUGCAUUCUCUGGAAAAGAUCCCUCCAAAGUUGAUCGUUCUGCAGCAUAUGCAGCUCGCUGGGUUGCAAAAUCUUUGGUGAAGGCUGGUCUCUGUAAAAGAGUACUAAUCCAGCUAUCAUAUGCUAUCGGUCUGAGCCAUCCUCUUGCGAUCUCAGUGUUUCAUUAUGGAACAUCAGACAGAUCUGAAGAAGAACUGCUUGAGAUUGUGCAGAAAAACUUUGAUCUACGCCUUGGAGCUAUCAUAAGGGAGCUGGAUUUGAAGAGACCAAUCUACCAAAAAACAGCAUGCUAUGGGCAUUUUGGGAGAGAAGAAUUUACAUGGGAAAUACCCAAAAAGCUUGUGUAUUAA